AUGAAGGGUGUGAGCAGAUUUGGCAGAGUGAGUAAGCUUAGUCCAAGGUAUAUUGGACCUUUUGAAAUUCUUGAAAGUAUUGGAAAAUCUGCUUAUAGGUUGUUGUUAUCGGAUCCGAUGUCCGAUGUGCACAAUGUGUUCCACGUAUCUACUUUAAGAAAGUGGAUGUCUGACUCUGGCAAGAAAGUGUCCGCUGAUGAGGUUGAGAUUCAGGAGAAUCUGAGCUAUAAGGAAGAACCCGAGUUGAUUCUAGCUUACGAUGUACGUAAGUUGAGAAGUAAAGAGAUUCUGAUGGUUAAGGUGCAGUGGAGGCAUCGAACUGCACGAGAAGCGACUUGGGAGAAAGAAUCAGACAUGAGGAAGUCGUACCCGUACUUAUUUUGA